GAAUCAAUAUCUGAUGUGACACAUGAGAAUCUCUUGGUAGCAACCGGCAGUACAACGAGAACUACUAACAUAGAAGAAUUCCUACUUUCCCAAAGAACAUCCUUCCCAAAACACCAAGGACAUGAAGAUAGCAUAUCAGCCCUCAAGCCCAAAUCAAACAACCUCAUAGAAGAGCUAUUGAAGAGAAAAGUAGAUAUAAUAGGGCUUAGUGAAACAAAACUCUCACAGGAAAAUCAAAGUGCAGGAGUUCUUCUAUUAAUUUGCAAAAAUAUCAAAAGAUAUAUAGCACCAAUCGAUAAAAUUGAUGAAUAUCUUAUAACAAUCAAUCUCCUAAAUAGAGGAUAUAAGACCUGGAUUGUCCAAAUAUAUCUAUCAAGUGAUAGGAAAAAAGGCCAAAUUCUACAAAAAAAGAUUCAAGAUUUACUCCAAACAUAUCUACAAAAGAAUUAUGAGGUGAUUAUAAUAGGUGACUUCAAUGCAAUAGUAGAUCCAAGAACAGACCAUAAAUCAACAGAUACUAUAAGGGAAUUUGUUAAAUCAAGUGAACCUGAAAGCAAACUGUUUCAAUACAUGACAAACUGGAACUUAAUUGACUUACAAAAUCUCUGGGAACCAAUAGAUACAACAUAUAUCUGA